UGCAUGGAGGGAGCAGUGGUGUGGCUGUUCCCUGCUUGCCGUGUUGCUCAAACGGGGAAUCAGAGCAGCUGCACCAGCGAUUGUCACCCCAAGCCCCCCGUGUUCCCCCUCCCCGGUGAUGCGGCGCUGGCCGGUGCCGCUCGCCCCUGCUCCUGCCCGCCGCCAGCGGGGAUUCACCAUCUUCACUCCGUCCCUGUGGUUUUGGUUAUCUCUCAUCUCCCAGCACCGCAGGAGCACUUACCGCCCUGCGCCAGCGCCGCCAGCGCCGCCAGCAGCCACCCCGGCAUGGCCCAGCCGGGCUGUCCCCAGCGGAUCCGGGCCUCGCUGCCCUUCCCGGCUUCCCAAAAUUCCCUGGCACCCCGCGGGUGCCCCUCUCGGGCGUGGCGGCAGCCCCGGUGCUCAGCGCAGCUUCCCGCGCUUGGGGUUUCCUCUUCUGCCCAGAGUGUGCCGUUCCCAGGCGGGGCAGAGCCCUAGACGUGAGUGCUUGCCCCACUUUGACCAAAAAACAAAAGAGAAAGCAACCCGAAUAUCCCCGUUUUUUGGCUGCCGGGAUGAGGCCAGCCCUGCCCCGCGGCCGCACCGCAUGUCCCGGGCGCGCCACGUGCCCCGGCACGGCGAGAAGCGCAAGAAGGAGCUGAGCCUGCCGCGCCGAGGAAGAGCCUUGUCUCCGAGCAGCCAGAGCCCGACGCUGCUGAGCCCCUGCAGCCCCUGCAGCCCCUGCAGCCCCUUACUAACCCUGCACCCCUGGAGUUGCCGGAGCAGCAAUAGGAAGAGCUUAGUGGUGGGCACCCCCUCUCCCACCCUCUCACGGCCUCUCUCCCCGCUCUCCGUGCCAACAGCUGGGAGCAGUCCCUUGGACAGCCCACGGAACUUCUCUGCCAGCACCUCCAUCAACUUCCCCUUCGCUCGCAGCCAUGCUCCUCGGACUGACAGGGCUGAUGGCAGAAGGUGGUCUCUGGCUUCGUUACCCUCCUCUGGCUAUGGGACCAACACCCCCAGCUCCACGGUCUCGUCAUCUUCAUCCUCCCAGGAGCGCCUGCACCAGCUGCCGUACCAGCCCACCCCCGACGAGCUGCAUUUCCUUUCUAAGCAUUUCCGCAGUACGGAGAGCGUCACGGACGAGGAGGGCAGGCACUCGCCCUGCCUGCGCCCACGAUCCAGGAGCCUCAGCCCUGGACGGACGGGUGGAACGUUUGAUAAUGAGGUGGUGAUGAUGAACCAUGUCUACAAGGAGAGGUUCCCCAAGGCCACAGCCCAGAUGGAGGAGCGCCUGCAGGACACCAUCACAAACUUCUCGCCAAGCAGCACCCUGCCCCUGGCUGAUGGUGUGCUGGGCUUCAUCCACCACCAGAUCAUCGAGCUGGCCCGAGACUGCCUGGCCAAGUCCCAGGGAGCUCUCAUCACCUCCCGCUACUUCAUGGAGCUGCAGGAGAAACUGGAGAAGAUGCUCCGAGAUGCUCAGGAGCGUUCUGAGAGCGAGGAAGUGAAGUUCAUUGACCAGCUGGUGAGGAAGCUGCUGAUCAUCAUCUCCCGCCCUGCCCGGCUUCUGGAGUGCCUGGAGUUUGACCCAGAGGAGUUUUACCAUCUCCUGGAAGCUGCAGAAGGACACGCCAAAGUUGGACAGGGAAUAAAGACUGAUAUUCCCCGAUACAUCAUCAGCCAGCUGGGGCUCGUCAAGGACCCACUGGAGGAAAUGGGGCAGCUGGAUCACUUUGACAGCGGGAACACCAUCACACCAGAGAACGAUGACACCUGUGAGAGCCAGCCUUCGGUCACCGUCCCGCGGAGGAAGCCCUGCGAGGGGGACUUUGAGACCAUCAAACUGAUCAGCAACGGGGCUUAUGGGGCCGUGUACCUGGUAAGGCACAGGGAGACGAGGCAGCGCUUCGCCCUGAAGAAAAUCAACAAGCAGAACCUUAUCCUGAGGAACCAGAUCCAGCAGGUGUUCGUGGAGAGGGACAUCCUCACCUUUGCUGAGAACCCCUUCGUGGUCAGCAUGUUCUGCUCCUUCGAGACAAAGCGACACCUCUGCAUGGUCAUGGAGUACGUGGAAGGGGGGGAUUGUGCCACCUUGCUGAAGAACAUGGGCCCGCUGCCCGUUGACAUGGCCAAGAUGUAUUUUGCUGAGACCGUUCUUGCCCUGGAGUAUCUCCACAACUACGGCAUCGUCCACCGGGACCUCAAACCUGACAAUUUGCUCAUCACCUCCAUGGGCCACAUAAAGCUGACAGACUUUGGCCUGUCCAAGAUAGGCCUGAUGAACAUGACCACGAACCUCUACGAAGGGCACAUGGAGAAGGACACGCGGGAGUUCAUGGACAAGCAGGUGUGUGGCACUCCAGAGUACAUCGCCCCCGAAGUCAUCCUCAUCCAGGGCUAUGGGAAGCCCGUGGACUGGUGGGCCAUGGGCAUCAUCCUCUACGAGUUCCUGGUGGGCUGCGUCCCCUUCUUCGGAGACACCCCCGAGGAGCUCUUUGGGCAGGUCAUCAGUGAUGAAAUUAUGUGGCCAGAAGGGGAUGAGGCUCUCCCUGCAGAUGCCCAGGACCUGAUCACACGGUUGCUGAGGCAGUGUCCCCUCGAGCGCCUGGGCACAGGAGGUGCACAUGAAGUGAAGCAUCAUUCCUUCUUCCUCCAUCUGGACUGGAACGGGCUGCUGCGGCAGAAGGCUGAGUUCAUCCCCCAGCUGGAGUCGGAGGAUGACACCAGCUACUUUGACACUCGCUCCGAGAGGUAUCGUCACUUGGACUCGGAGGAUGAGGAAACCAACGACGAGGAAUCGUCCGUGGAGAUUGGGCAGUUCUCCUCCUGCUCCCACCGCUUCAGCAAGGUGUACAGCAGCUCAGAAUUCCUGGCGGUCAACUCCACCCUCAGCCUCUCCUCCUCUGACCGGAGUCACUGCGACGACAAAGAGGAGCGGUGGGACCGGCACUCGGGAGAUGAGGACAGGAGCAGGCCAGCGGGCGCUGAGCCCCGCCUCCGCUCCUGGACGUCCGGCAGCUCCACGCAGUACACGUCCCGGCACGAGCGGAGCCGCAGCCCCACCGCGCUGCCCAGCACCCUCAGCCUGGACACCAUGCCCAAGUUUGCCUUCUCCUCAGAGGAUGAGAGCCCGUGUGUGGCGUCCUCCAAGCCAGAGAAGCCCAAGUUUGUGGUGGGAGACUCGGACGCGGGGACUGGCGGCGCGGUGAAGCAGUCGGCGUUAUCCGCCGAUCUCGCCAGCCUGAACCGCAUCCGCCUGCGGAGCAACAGCACCGGCACCAAGAACUCGACUCCCCGGAGCCUGGAGCCGAGCGGGGGCCGGCGCCUGAGCACCCAGAAGGAUUUGCCGGAGAGGCAGAGAGCCUCCCUGGGCAGCCGUGUGCCCAAAUCUGCCUCCGUCUCAGCCCUGUCCCUCAUCAUCACCUCAGAUGACUUCGGUGGUAGUGCCCUGAUGAGCCCCAUCUCCCCUCACUCCCUCUCGUCCAACCCCUCUUCCCGGGACUCCUCCCCGAGCCGAGACUCCUCUCUGGCCAUCACCAGCCUGCGCCCGCCCAUCAUCAUCCACAGCUCGGGGAAGAAGUACGGCUUCACCCUGCGGGCCAUCCGCGUCUACAUGGGCGACAGCGACGUCUACACCGUCCACCACAUGGUCUGGAGCGUGGAGGAGGGGAGCCCUGCGCAGGAGGCCGGGCUGAGGGCAGGCGAUCUCAUCACACACGUCAACGGCGAGUCCGUGCUGGGCUUGGUGCAUCGGGACGUCGUGGAGCUGCUGCUGAAGAGUGGGAAUAAAGUGGCCCUGCGGACCACUGCCCUGGAAAACACCUCCAUUAAAAUUGGACCUGCACGGAAAAACAGCUCCAAGACAAGGAUGGCACGGAGGAGUAAAAAGAGCAGGAAAAGGGAUGGCCAAGAUAGCAGGAGAAAAUCCCUUUUCAAGAAGAUCUCCAAGCAGUCGUCGGUCCUGCACACCAGCCGCAGCUUCUCCUCCGGUCUCCAUCACUCCCUGUCCUCCAGCGAGAGCCUCCCGGAGUCCCCCACGCACAGCCUGUCCCCGGGUCCCACGACACCGUGCCGCAGCCCCGCUCCCGACCUGCCCUCAGAUGCUGUGUCCCCUCAGAGCACCUCUCCCUCCUCCAGCACCCCAACGUCACCCGCCGGCCACGUGCGCCCCAGCUCCCUGCACGGGCUGGCCCCCAAACUGGGUGGGCCGCGCUACAAAGUGGGACGUCGCAAAUCCACCAGCAGCAUCCCCCCCUCGCCCCUGGCCUGCACCCCUUCCUCGGCCCAGCGCCCGCCUUCCCCCCAGCGCUCCCCAUCUCCGCUCCCCGGGUACCCCAAAACCCCCCAUUCCUUCCAGGGCAAGACCCUGUCCCCCCCCACCAUCGUCCGGCAGAGCUCCCGGCCCCGCAGCGCCGACUGCCCCCGCUCCCCCCUCCUCAAGCGCGUCCAGUCGGCCGAGAAGAUCGUCACCAUCCUGGCCGAGAAGAAAACGGGCGGCGGCCGCAAGCUGGGGCUGGAGAUGUCCACGCUGGACGGGGAGGCCAUCGGGGAGGGCGACGCGCUGCCGCACCCCGGGGAGCACGGCUACCACCCCACCAGCUCCCGCCUGGCAGAGAGGCACGACCGGGACCAGGAGAUGGUGGUGAUGCGGCGCCUGAACCUGUCGGAGCGCCGGGACUCCUUCAAGAAGCAAGAGGCGGUUCAAGAAGUGAGUUUUGAUGAGCAGGAGACGGCGGCAGGAAGCGAAGAGGGCGGCAAGAGUGAAGAAGGGCAGGGUGCGGAGCCGCCGCCGAAGCUGAAGCCCGGCACGGUCCCGCAGAUCGCGGUGCAGGGCUCGGAGAGUGACGAGCAGGAGCCGGCGGUGGCCGAGUGGGAGUGCCAGGGCUCCUACCCCAUCAGCAGCACCGAGCAGCCCAACAGCAGCGUCUCCUCGCCGUGGUGGGAUGGGUGUGAGCAGCGGGAGCGCGGCUCCCAGCAGCAGCGGAACUGCGGGCAGGGGACACCCGGCCACCGGCAAGCGCCAGCACAGGGCCAGGAGCCACCGGGUGCUCAUCUCCCGCCUCCCCAGGGCAUGUGGAGCGGGGCCAAGCACGCCUGAGCCCCACGCUGGUAACAGGGAUGGGUCAGGCUCCCUGUGGCAUCCCAGUGCCUCCCCAGCACCUCGUCCUGUGCGGCAAAUCCGUGAGAGAAACGUCCCUGGAACCACUCUGGACCCUGGCGACUUCCUCGCCCCCCUGGAAGGCUUUUUGUACUCCCUGAAAGAUGCUCAUAUUUUUAUAGAGACGCGGGAGCUUUUCCGGCAGCGGCGUUUUCCCAGCUGGGCCCCAACCUCUGUGUACAGAAAGGACUUGAUGCAAAUAUUCCUUAAUUAAUUUAUUACUUUUUAUAAGCUAAACGGGCAGUGCAGGACUGUCGCAGGGGCCAACCCAGCUCUGGGAGUCCCAGCCUUUCCCGUGCGUCUCCCAGCCCACUGUUUUCUAACCCACUUGCUUUUCCCUACUUUUUAACUUCAAUUCUAGCUGGAAACACCCCAGACCUCCUAAGAACCCCAUAAUUCUAAUAUUUAAAAUUAAAACAAAACCCCGAAUCCACAACAACAUCCCCCAAAUGCUGGUGCUUGGAGCUGGGAUGCAGAGGGGGGAUAUUCUUUGCAUACGGAUAAUUUUAUAAGCUUAUAGGAGAUAUAAAAAGGGUUUAAUUGUUUUAUUUGGGGAUUUUUAUAGCCACCUGGCUCCAUUGGCCCUUCCAGUGGGGAAAACGGAGACAUUCCCCAGCCAGGAAUAUUAAUGGGAUUUUUAGGGUCAGUUUUUGCUCUUUCCAUUUCUCUUACACAAAAUCCUGUGGAAUUGAUUGGUCAGUGCACAAACACCUACAAAAUCCCAAUUUUUUUUUAAAAUCACCCCAACCCAGUGAGCACCUGUGCUGCUUCACUUGUAAUUUGGGAAUUUCAUCCCUUUCUUUCCCCUCCCCGUUGCUCUUUAUCCAACAAACACAGCUCAACCCAGCAUUUCUCCCCCGUUUCUAUAGUUUUCUGGGAUCUAAACGUUUCCAUUUGUUGAUGCAUGUUCUGGCUUCCCCCCCACACCGUGGUUUGGUGCCGUGGUGCUCCGAGAACCGUGGUGGUGACAGGGGGACAUCCCUGGUUUGCCCACCCUGCUGCCAUCAGGCAUCACUGUGCCCCCGGUGGUUUUUGGGCUGCGUGUUGGAUUCUUUUGUGCACGUGUGGUUUGUGCCAGGCUCCGUAUCCCGCUUCUCACGUUCAACUGGUGCUGUUAACCCCCCAAAAAACGAGUAACCAGAGCUGCUCCGUGUUUCCUUUGCUUCUCCCUCCACUCUCUGUAUUAAGGUCUUGGAAAGGCAGCGGGGUUUUGGGGAGACACCGGGCACCCCCUGCCCACUGGCACGGCGGGAUGGGGGGGCUUGGCUGUGGAUAGGGUGGGAAGAGGAUUUUUGAAAUGGGAAAUGUCUUGAAAGCUAAGGGGACUGUGUCUUCCUGCCCAGUGCCCGGCUCUGUUCGUACCUGCGGGAAGUUUUAUGUUGGAUUAAAAUUGUCCCUUGCGCUGAGUGUGGUGUCCAGUGGCAC